UCAUUAAAGCAAAGUGAAAGAAUAAAACUGAGAGUAAAGAAAACAGCUGGGUGUGGUGGUACACACCUUUGUUCCAAGAACUCGGGAGGCAGAGGUUCUACAGAACUCAGAACUCACCCUUGACCUCUGACCCUCAACGGAUUGGAUACCCCUAACAACUCAUUUCCUGUCUCCCACUUCCUGUCUUCCACUUCCUCAUUUCUUCAAACUAGCCUUGGCUAGUUUCAUCAGGCAACAUGGUCUGGCUUCGAGGGCAUCGUAGACGCAGACGCCACCGCUGCCCACUCCGUUUCUCCCAAGCUAGAGUUGGCUACCCUCUGGUGUUCUUGCAGCCUCCUGUAGCUCCAUUAGCUCCUCUGCCUUCUCAAGUGCGUCAUAACUACCAUCCUGAAUGCGAAACAGCUAUCAAUAGCCAUAUCAAGCUGCAACUUUAUUCCUCCUAUGUCUACCUGUCCAUGGCCUUCUACUGUGACCGUGAUGAUGUCGCCCUGGGGAACUUCACAUCCUUCUUCCUGAGUAAGUCACAGGAGUGUACUGUGCACUCCGAGAUGUUCCUGUCAUUGCAGAACCAGCGUGGUGGCCGCAUCUCUCUCGACAAUAUUAACAAGCCAGACCGGUCUGACUGGCUUGGAGGCCUUUCAGUUAUGGAGGAUGCCCUGCAACUGGAGCUGACCCUCAACCAAAGCCUCCUGGAUCUGCACCAGCUAGCAAUUGAAAAAGGUGACACCCAUCUAUGCAACUUCCUGCAACACCAUUGCCUUCAACAGCAGGCUAACGUCCUCAAGGAGAUAGGCGGCUAUCUGACCAAUUUGCGCCAAAUGAGGUUCCCAGAAAAUGGUAUGGCAGAGUACCUCUUCGGUCGGCUUUCCCUGCCUGGUACUAGCAAGAAAUGAGCUGAGACUGGCCUCUUUGUCAUCAGGGUUUCCAGGCAGGCUGGCUAUGUUCCACUUCCAGCAAGUUUACUGGUUUUCCUUUGUGUUUGA